AUGGCCGCUUUCAUUCAGCAUAGUGCCACCAUGCUGCCACCAACAUCUGUGGACUUGCUCUCCUCCAGUUUUCCCCAACUGCUCAUUCCCAAUACCUACACUAUGGUAACACAAGCAUUUAUGCAGGUUUUGAUUUGGCAAAAAUUGGCUACGGUGUAUGUAUUAUCUGAUGAGCUCAUUCUGACUAAGAUGGCUAGGCAUCGUUACCCAGAGACACAUGGUCCUUCAGUUAUAACACAGGAAAAUGAUAACCACAGAGAGGAACCAGAAACAGACAUCUUGUGUUGCAACAAAUGCAAGAGACCAUAUGAACAGUCUGCAGCUGAAGAACAUGAUACAAAACGCGUAAAACAUGAUGAAACAUACUCAGCACCAACAGUCAGUGAAGAUAAAUUUUCAUACAUGGGUGACUUUGCAGUUGUUUAUACAGAUGGCUGCUGCUCGGGUAAUGGACGUAAUAGGGCACGUGCUGGAAUAGGCGUCUACUGGGGACCAGGCCACCCUUUAAAUACCAGUGAAAGACUUCCUGGACGGCAGACUAAUCAAAGAGCUGAAAUACAUGCAGCCUGCAAAGCAAUAGAGCAAGCAAAGAGUCAAAACAUCAAGAAACUAAUUAUCUACACUGAUAGCAAGUUCACUAUUAAUGGUAUUACAAGUUGGGUUGACAACUGGAAAACAAAUGGCUGGAGAACAAGUUCAGGAGGAAGUGUAAUAAAUAAAGAAGAUUUUGAAAGACUUGAUAAUCUAUCAAAAGGCAUAGAGAUUCAGUGGAUGCAUAUUCCUGGUCAUGCUGGCUUCCGAGGAAAUGAAGAAGCUGAUAGACUAGCAAGAGAAGGAGCUGGUAAACAAAAAUCAUGACAUAUUAUUGGGACUAGAGACUAUUGCGGUCGGAGGAAAUGGAUUAACAUCACGACAGUUUGACCUGUUUUAAUUGUUUCAGAGUUGAGCUUUGAACUGUACUUCUUCCUGGCCUGAAACUUCAAAGAUAUACCAACUUAGGAAGAAAAAACACACACAUUUUCUUUCUGUAGUGUUUGUUUUACAAUCAAGUCAAUAUUUAGUUAAUGGUAUACAGCGUUUGCUUUUUCUCCAUCUUACUGAAGCACUGCUGUCAAUGUUUUUUAGCUAUCUCAUAUAGACUUUUGGAUUCACCAUAUGAGAGACUUCUGAUGCGAUAAUAUUAAAUUGUUAUCCUGACUUAAGUGUUCUGCAUUUCCCUCUUAGUGAAAUAAAUGAAUUUUUUGUACA